AUGGCCACAGAUAAAAGAGGCAACCUGCUUGGGAACUUGAAUUUUGCCGAUGAAACAGGUGCUUUUAAGAAAAAAGCAUCUACAUUCCGGAAUUUCAUUUCCAGUGCCGAAAAUGCCAGGUUUAGGCCUGAGUUGAACCGUUAUCACUUGUAUGUGUCCAUGGCAUGUCCAUGGGCCCACAGAACAUUAGCUACUAGAGUUUUGAAAGGAUUGACUCAAAUUAUAUCAGUUUCGGUUGUGCAUUGGCACAUGGAUAAUAAUGGAUGGAGAUUUAUGAAUAAGGAAGAAGCCAGUAAAAGGUCAUCAAAAAGCGAUAUUCUGAACGGCACUGAAGACCACUUGUACGGGUUUGAUAGAUUCAAGCAAUUGUAUUUCAAAGCAGAUCCAGAGUACGCGGGUAGAUUUACCGUUCCAGUGUUAUGGGACAAGAAAUUAGAAACCAUCGUGAACAACGAAUCAAGUGAAAUCUUGAGAAUGUUUCACAGCGAGUUCAACUCAUUAUUGCCGUCAGAAUAUGCCGAGUUAGAUUUGUAUCCAAAAGAAAAGAGACAUGAGAUUGAUGAGAUCAAUUCCUGGAUUCACGAUAAUAUCAAUAGCGGUGUUUAUAAGACCGGUUUCUCUACUAAGCAAGAGAUUUAUGACAAAGAGGUAGCCAAUGUUUUCAAUCAUCUUGAUAUGGUAGAGCAAAUUUUGGCCAAGAACAAAGAAAGUUUUAACAGUUUUUUAAUUGGUAACAAACUUACAGAGGCCGAUAUUAGAUUAUUUACUACAAUUGUCAGAUUCGAUGCCGUUUAUGUCCAACAUUUCAAAUGUAAUUUAAAGAUGAUCAGAUACGAUUAUCCUAAUAUUCACAAAUGGUUAAGAUUUUUAUAUUGGAAAAUCCCAGGUUUCAAAGAAACAACCGAUUUCGAUCAUAUCAAAUACCAUUACACCAAAUCUCAUCCUGGUAUAAAUCCUAAUGGUAUUACACCUUUAGGUCCUGUACCGAACAUAUUGAAUUAUUCUUAA